CUUGCCGAGGGCCAAUGGCCACGCCCACCAGCCCAGUGAACACCGGUUCGCGGUCGCCCUCCGCGUCGGCCCACCACCAUGUGACCCUGGUGACAAGAAAAACACAACACGCAGCACACGAGCCAAGUGAAUAGCCGCAACACGUGAACAACUUCCACCUCCACGGUUCCCACCCGGCCAGCCCCCAUCAGGCGCAGCUCGACCAAACAAAAACCUCGACCCAGCCAGCGCCCACGCACCCCACAGCGACCGGGCGGCGCCGACGCGCCGCUCGCGGCCGGAUCGAGUCGCCGCCGCCAAGACAUGGCGGGGAGGCUGGUCUCCAUGCUCCGUUGGCCGCCGGACCUCGGCAGCCUGGCCGCCCUGCUGCCGUCGUCGCCGUCAUCCUACGCGGGGUUCCUCCAGGACCGGUGGCAGUGGGAGUGGCACUGGCGACCGGAGCAGCUAGGCGCGGCGGUGCGGCGGUGGCCGGAGCUCGUGCCGGACGUGCCCCUCGUCGUGGACGCCGUGCUCUGGGGCGUCAUCACCGCCGUCGAGUCCGUCGCGCUCGUCUCCAUGAUGUGCUGCUUCUUCCUCUUUUGCGGCUGCACGCUCUGACCGUGAGAGCCGCACCGCGGAUCGGAGGGCGCCUACUAAUAAGCGAAGCUGGUAGUACUAACUGUGCUGUGUAUGUAUGGUUAGCUUUGUGAUUUCUUUGUUGAUAUGCUGUGUUCAUGGUAAUUAAGUUCAUUCUGCUAGGUUAUUGCAUUUGUAAGUGUUGAUUAGUAGGAACCUGUAAUGCUUUGUGAUUGGAUUUUCUUGUCGGUGCUGCGUGAGGAUGAGGCAGAAUUGGACAGAUUUGGUUGAUGAAAACGCUUUGGGGAUCUGUCCGUGAGUGUGUAUCUGAGAGAGGUGGGUCAUAGACUGGGUGGGUGGUGGGAACAGGGUUACUUGAUUGUGGAAAAUGUCUCUGUUUCUCAUCAUCCGAUCCGAGUCAAGCGUUGAUGUAUAAAAUUCCUGUUUGGCGCAAA